AUGGACAGCUUCCGUUCCUCCUUCAAGUCCUGCACCAUUAACCGCACCGCCGUGGACGAGCCCGAAGAUCGCGUGUACCGACAGAAGACCCGAAGACGCAUCCUGAUCCUAACCAUAUCUUCAGCCAUCCUCGUGGCCAUGAUAGUAAUGACCAUCAUCUGCACUAGGAAUCUCGACACCUCACCUUUCCAUCCUCCCUUCUCCGUCGAUGUAUCCAUUAAAGCCAUGUGCUCCGUCACCCUUUACCCAAACUCAUGUUUCUCCAGCCUCGAGUCCUCCAACACAACCGACCCUCAUCUGCUCUUCAAACAAACCCUCGACGUCUCCUCCAACGAGCUCUCCAAUCUCUCCACUUUACCCACCUCAAUGAUCGAUCAAACCAACGACGAUCGCAUCAAGGCCGCGCUUUCCGUGUGCCAGCAUGCUUUUGAAGACGCCAUCAGUAAGAUGAACGAUUCCGUUUCCUUAAUGUCGACGACUUCCAAGAGUAUAAAUAAUGUUCUCUCCCGUGCCAAUAUUUUGGACCUCGAGACUUGGCUCAGCGCGGCCGUCACUGAUCAGGAAACCUGCCUGGAAGCCCUCUACGAGGUAAACGCAACUAACACAAUAGCGGAGAUUAACGAUUUAAUGAAAAACUCAACCGAAUUCAUCAGCAACAGCUUAGCUAUUGUCUCCAAGGUCAUCAGCUUCCUGCCCUCUCCCGCAAACCCAAUUCACAGACGACGUCGUCUCUUGGUCGACACGACGUUGUCCUUUCCGAAUUGGUUCGGGCCCGGGGAUAGGAAGCUGUUGCAGGAGACGAAUCCGAAGCCGGACUUAGUUGUGGCCAAGGACGGCUCGGGAGAUGUGAAGACCAUAAAGGAAGCAAUAGCUAAGGUGCCCAAGUCGAAAAACACGACCGGAGACAGGUUCAUCAUUUACGUCAAGGUUGGAGAGUAUGUGGAAAAUGUGGUUUUAGACGUGCCUAAUGUUAUGAUGUAUGGUGAUGGAAAAACUAAUACCGUAGUCUCCGGCAGCCUCAAUUUUGUCGAUGGAACUCCAACCUUUCAAACGGCCACCUUUGCUGUGACGGGAAGUGGUUUCAUUGCAAGGGACAUGGGAUUCAAGAACACGGCGGGAGCAUCGAAACAUCAGGCGGUGGCUCUACGUUCGGGAUCCGACAAAUCGGUGUUCUAUAGGUGUUCCUUCGAGGCCUUUCAAGACACUCUUUACACAUAUUCUCUUCGCCAAUUUUACAGGGAAUGCGACAUUAUUGGCACCAUAGAUUUCAUUUUUGGUAACGCAGCUGUGGUCUUUCAAAACUGCAACAUUCUACCGAGGCAACCUAUGGGGAACCAGUUCGUCACGUUAACUGCCCAAGGGAAGUCGGAUCCUAAUCAGAACACAGGGAUAUCCAUUCAAAAAUGUGUCAUAUCCCCUUUUGAUAAUCUCACGGCUACAACUUAUCUAGGCCGGCCAUGGAAGAAAUACGCGACGACGGUAGUGAUGCAGAGUCAGAUAGGUUCGUUGUUGGACCCUAGAGGUUGGAGCCCAUGGGAGAAAAAUGUGGAACCACCAAACACAAUCUACUAUGCUGAGUACCAAAAUACUGGUCCGGGAGCAAACACGACCAACAGGGUUAAAUGGGGCGGGUAUAAGGCUAGUAUUACUGCAACCGAAGCAUCCAGAUUCACUGUCAACUCGUUCAUUAAUGGCAACUCAUGGUUACCCGCAACCACUGUGCCAUUUGAUUCAACGUUAUGA